AUGCACGCCAAACUGUCGAGCUGCCUUUUGGCGGCCUCCGCCCUCCUGCCGGCCGUCGCCGCCGAGGGCUGCCCCUUUGCCAAGCGGGACGGGUCCGUCAGCAGCGAGCUCCCCAAGAGAGAGACCGCCGCGGGCUUCGGCCGCUGCUCUACCAUCAGCAACCAGGCCGGCGGCGGCACCCGCAGCCAGGACUGGUGGCCCUGCCAGCUCCGCCUCGACGUCCUGCGCCAGUUCCAGCCCACGACGAACCCGUACGGCGACGACUUUGACUACACCGAGGCCUUUAACUCUCUUGAUUACGAUGCCCUCAAGAAGGACCUGCACGACCUGAUGACCGACUCCCAGGAGUGGUGGCCUGCCGACUUUGGCCACUACGGCGGUCUCUUCAUCCGCAUGGCCUGGCAUAGCGCCGGCACUUAUCGCGCCAUCGACGGCCGAGGUGGCGGUGGAAUGGGCCAGCAACGAUUCGCUCCACUCAACAGCUGGCCAGACAACCAGAACCUCGACAAGGCGCGCCGCCUGUUGUGGCCUAUCAAGGCAAAGUAUGGCAACAAGAUCUCGUGGGCGGACCUGAUGCUCCUGACGGGCAACGUCGCCCUCGAGUCCAUGGGCUUCACGCCCCUUGGCUUCGCCGCCGGCCGCCCGGACACCUGGCAGGCCGACGAGUCCGUCUACUGGGGCGGCGAGACGACCUUUGUGCCCAACGGCAACGACGUUCGCUACAACGGCAGCACCGACAUCAACGAGCGCGCCGACAAGCUCGAGAAGCCGCUGGGCGCCACCCACAUGGGCCUCAUCUACGUCAACCCCGAAGGCCCCAACGCCAGCUCCGACCCGGCCGCCUCGGCCAAGGAUAUCCGCGUCGCCUUUGACCGCAUGGGCAUGAACGACGAGGAGACUGUCGCCCUGAUUGCCGGCGGCCACGCCUUUGGCAAGACGCACGGAGCCGUUUCUGGUGACAACAUCGGCCCCGAGCCUGAGGCUGCCGACAUUGGCGAGAUGGGUCUCGGAUGGCACAACCGCGUUGGCGACGGCAACGGCGUCAACCAGAUGACCAGCGGACUCGAGGUCACUUGGACCAAGACCCCUACCAAAUGGAGCAACGGUUUCUUGGAGUCUCUCCUGAACAACAAGUGGACCCUUGUCACCAGCCCUGCCGGCGCUCACCAGUGGGAGGCCGUCAACGGCACCCUCGACUACCCGGACCCCUUUGACGCCACCAAGUUCCGCAAGGCCACCAUGCUCACGAGCGACCUGGCCCUGAUCAACGACCCGUCCUACCUCAACAUCACCACCCGCUGGCUCGACCACCCGCAGGAGCUCGCCGACGCCUUCGCCAAGGCCUGGUUCAAGCUCCUCCACCGCGACCUCGGCCCCGUCUCCCGCUACCUCGGCCCCGAGAUCCCCAAGGAGACCUUCGGCUGGCAGGACCCCCUGCCCGCGCGCGAGGGCGACCUGAUCGACGACGCCGACGUCGCCAAGCUCAAGGCCGACAUCCUCGCCGCCCCCGGCCUCGACGUCUCCAAGCUCGCCUCCGUCGCCUGGGCCUCGGCCUCGACCUUCCGCACCUCGGACAAGCGCGGCGGUGCCAACGGCGCCCGCAUCGCCCUCGAGCCCCAGGUCAACUGGGUCUCCAACAACCCCAAGCAGCUGGCCGAGGUCCUCGACGCCCUCAAGAAGAUCCAGUCCGCCUUCAACACCGGCGCCAAGAAGGUCUCCCUCGCCGACCUCAUCGUCCUCGGAGGCAGCGCCGCCGUCGAGAAGGCCGCCAAGGACGCCGGCGUCGCCUCCGCCUCCGUCCCCUUCGUCCCCGGCCGCGUCGACGCCACCCAGGAGCAGACCGACGUCCGCGCCUUCAGCUUCCUCGAGCCCCAGGCCGACGGCUUCCGCAACUACGGCCGCGGCACCGCCCGCGCCCGCACCGAGGAGAUCCUCGUCGACAAGGCCGCCCAGCUGACCCUCACCGCCCCCGAGCUGACCGUCCUCGUCGGCGGCCUCCGCGCCCUCGGCGCCGUCUACGACGGCUCCAACACCGGCGUCCUCACCGCCACCAAGGGCAAGCUGACCAACGACUACUUCAAGAACCUGCUCGACAUCUCCACCACCUGGACCAAGGCCGCCGCCGACGACGCCGAGCUCUGGAAGGGCCUCGACCGCAAGACCAAGGCCGAGAAGUGGACCGCCACCCGCGCCGACCUCGUCUUCGGCUCCCACGCCGAGCUGCGCGCCAUCUCCGAGGUCUACGCCAGCGCCGACGCCAACGACAAGUUCGUCCGCGACUUCAUCGCCGCCUGGACAAAGGUCAUGAACCUCGACCGCUUCGACCUGAAGAAGUACUAA